UGGACGUUUAUGACUAAUUCUAGGUUAUCUUCUCUACAUUUUUGGAGAUAAUGACAAGUCGUUCAACAAUUUUCUAUUUAUUUUAAAUAUUUUACACAUUUUCGCAAUGUUCACUAUUUAUAAUGAAUAGGGAAAUGGCACCCGUUCUGGAGAAUACCUAUUGUGGUCUUUUAAGCAGCGAAGAAAAUUUACAAAUCGUCAAAUUGUUGGGAAACCGUUGCCAAUCCCUAUGCACCACAGUGGUUCAGUUAUAUUUAACAAAACCUCCAGAUCAUUCGCAAUGGUUCAAAAAGAACUCAGGAGUACUAUGUUUUGUAAAAGACAACAUCAAAAAGAACUUUUUCUUUCGGUUGUUCUGCACGCAACGAAACAUGAAAGUGUGGGAACAAGAGAUGUACAACGGCAUGGAGUACAUCGAAGGAACGCCGUUCUUCCACAUGUUCGAAGGAGAAAAUUGUCUGGUGGCCUUUAAUUUCGCGAACGUCGAGGAGGCUCGCGACCUUAGGAUAGUUGUACAUCAAAAAAUCCACGCCAGAAAACGAAGAGAGGAGAAACGAUGUCGACAAAUCAGCCAAAGUCAAACGCUGCCAUCUCCCACGACACAUUUAGAUUUUUCAAAUUUCAAAAAGACUUUAGAUCCAUUUGCGAAACAAACGAAAAGAAAAAAGGGACUGAUUACAAAAAAAGAUAUUGGAAUUCCUAGGGAUUUUAAACAUAUUUCCCAUGUGGGUUGGAAUUCAACAUCUGGAUUUGAUAUAAAUACUGAGGAUGAACAAUUAAAAACAUUUUUUAAAAAGGCGGGCGUCUCUGAACAACAACUCCAAGACAAGAAAACGCGCGAUUACAUUUACAAUUUCAUAAAUCGAAACGGCGGUCGCGAAGUCAUAGAACAAACGAACGAAUCCAUCCAGAACCACGAGACUCCGCCUGCGGUACCGCCCAGGGGUCCGCCCACCGGACACCGAUCGGCCCAUUUCCGAAAUGCACCGCCUCCUCCAAUUUCCGGCAAGACUAGCAACAAUCUUACUCCGAGGAAGCCUCGGAUGGAAGUACCGCCACCCAAGAAGCCGGCGCCUAUACCUAAUUUCGGUACUACUGCGACUUCGGAAUCUGCACCGGCUCCACCAGCUCCGACACCGCCUCCACCGCCGCCUCCCCCUAUAUUCGACGAAACUGAUAAGGAUCCGAAAAUGGGAGGAGGAGCGCCGCCUCCACCUCCUAUGGCGCCCGUGUCAAUGGCCGGUGGAGGGGGAAAUUCUGCGUUCCUGGAAAGUAUUAGAAACGGGACAACUCUUAAACCAGUAGAAGACCGAACGCCAGCGCCACAGGAGGAUACUCGAGGAGAUCUGCUGAGCGAGAUCAGAAAAGGAUGCAAACUUCGUCCCGUGGACGAGCGAGACAUAAAGCCCGUCUCGAACUCGCCCAUGUCGAAAAGUGACGAUCUAGCGUGCGCUCUGGCACGAGCGCUGGCAAAACGCAGCGAAGUCAUACAUUCGGAGGACGACGAUGACAUGUCUGAUUCGACCAAUUCCGAUUGGGAGGAUUGAGCGUCGAUUCGGUCGUAUUUUAUACAUAUUUAUUUUAAUUAAUUUUAUUUUUUUUUGGUAUCUUUUUACCUUUUUUGCUUUACACAUUAAUAAAAAGAAAACUAAUGGAAAGUAAUAAGUAUAUAAGUAUACAGAUUGUCUGGAUUUUUUUUGUUAUAGAGAAAGCGGCUGGAUUGUGAACUGCAAUUGAUAGAAAUUUGGUAUUAAUUAAAAGAGCAUAUUCAAAAUAUUUAUUUACAUAUAAUUACAGAGUUUCUGUGUUCUUUUCUUUAUUUGGUACACUAGUGUGUGGACAUUAUUAUGACAAUGUGGUAAACAUGGGUUAUUGGUAUUUGAAAAUAUUGAUGACUAUGACUGAUUUCAUUUGUGGUGAAGUUCCUAAAAAUGUUUGGGUAGUCUUCAAUUAAAGCAUAUUUUUGCAUGUAGACUCCAAAUGUUACAAAACAAUAUUUUUCAGGUCAAAAAUAUUGUCGACAUAUCACGAAAUUUGGCGUACGGACGCGAAAAAAUGUGUUCUAUGUAGUAGUACUAUAAAAAAAAGAUAUUGCCAUUUAAAAAAAAAAUCGUUGAUAAUGUCAUAUCUCGAAUAGUGAUCAUACAAUUUAUAGAUUUUUGUAAUCUUUAUCACUGACAACCGUUUUUUGAUUAGUAAUCAAAGUCCAAAAUCAUAUCCUAGAGUAGGCCUACACAACAUACGGCCCGCGGGCUGCAUGCGGCCCGCCAUUGUCGUUUUCGUGGCCCUUUGUUCGUUAACCAGUUUGGUCCGCCUACAUCAAACUAUACAUUUUUUAGUAACAAAUUUGUAUUUAGGUAUUAAUUGCCGUUUUUAGGAGCGGACCUGGUUCUAUAUAAACUGAUGAUAGAUUUUCGUAAUCUUUAUUACUAACAACCGUUUUUUGAUUAAUAAUCAAAGUCAGAAAUCAUAUCCUACAGGGUGAAAUUAAAAAGCUAGAUAAUGAAAUCACCACACUUUCAUUAAAAUAUACGUGUAUCAAACAAUGCGUAUCUAAAAAAAAACAAUCGAGCUUUCCGAGAUUUUUUUGUUACUUGUCCAAUCAAGUUCGAAAUUGAUGUUCCGCCCACUGCACAACCCUGUAUAAUAUUUUGUUUAGGUUUAUGAAAUGUUUCUUUAAUAAUUGUGUUUACAGUAAAACUACAGUGGUUUGCCUAUAUUACAAAAUAUGUGGUUCCUAAAAAACUUCUAAAUAAAGGACCCCGCAAUAAUCUUAUGGAAAUUGGGUUUCUGUCAAAUUGUCUGAAUUUUUAAUAUGUUGUAGAUUUUGUCAUCCUGAACAAAAGUCUCCAUGGGCACAAAGUGCCAAAAUGAAUAUUUUGGCAGCUACGGGGCUGCCAAAGCUCCCCUGAGCCGUUGCAAAACUAUUCAUUUUCAAUACUAUUUACAGAUUUCAGAAGCAUAUUUUAAUUAUUCUAAU